AUGGCAACCGCCCUUGUUGAGUCGAUGCAAGAGCUGAGUCUCAAAGAGCCUGAGGUGGAGAGCACCAGCAUGGUGGCCUUCCGUGUGCCGGGCUUGGAGACCUUCGAGCUUCAAUUGCCCCUGGAGACCCGGGUCCGUGACGUGAAGAAGUUGGCCAAGGAGCAAUGCAACAUCGAGCCUGAGCACAUGCGCCUGAUCUACAACGGCCGACAGCUCAAAGAUUGGGACACUCUGGAGUGCUACAGUGCCAAGGCUGACAGCCCGGUACAGAUUCUCUUCACUGCAGGGCACACUGCUAUGCUGGGAG